GCUUCGAUAUUUUCCAUUGCUAACGUGGAAAUAGAAAGGAACCCCAUCUGCAACCUAUACCAGUCUUAUCUAGUACCGGCGGCGGCGGCUCUGCCGAUAUGAACUGGCCGGAUCCCAAUUCGCCGGUGAAGCUACACUUCGCUCAAACCGCACCGUUUAAACGCCCAGCAUACUCUCGCCGACCGACGCUGAAAUCUAUAGUCUCGGCGCCUCCUGUCUUGCCUUCAUCAACUCCGACUGCAUUGCCUGCGACUCCCUCCACACAAACAUGUCCCCUUGCCGCUCACCGCCCAUAUCUGCCUUCACAGCCCACAUAUCAUCGACGGCCAACACUGCGAGAUAUCGUCUUCAACUCCACACCGCCAUCAUCGCCGCUACCGAACCAGGAAUCACUGCCCCUCCCCCCUCUUCCACCACACCCACCUGUCGCACCGCGGAACUUUUCACGAGAGACUGGCGCUAGCUCCACGUCUUCGAGCCUGAGUCGAGGUACGUCAAAUGGUAAGAGCUCAACCCAACUUGCAUCAGCAGCCUUUUACUUUUUAACUGGACCGCUUCCACUCUUUUGGCAACUUUGCUAGCGGCUUUCGUCCCUCGGAUCUACUUUGUUAACGAAUUAGACUAUGUCUUCUUGACAAGACCUCAAGGCAAUGCCUUCGCGAGCCCGGAGUUUUGGGAAUCUUUGGGUCGGCCUGCUCCGAGAUGGGAGAGAGGAGAGGAAGCGGAUAAGGUAACUGAAAAAGAGGACCCGGAAAAAGAGAAUGUGGAAAGCAGGGAGCUGGAAAAGGGGGACACUUACACUAUCGUCGCAGAGGGGGGUGACGAGUC